ACUGGUGAUAGGACUUGGGGAAAACGUUUUAGUCAGUAGAUCAGGCACUUCAUUCUUAAAUUCUUACAGUCAGCUGAGUGGAAUCAUAGGGCUUUGGUGGUAUGUUGAUUGUCAGUGACUUUGGUCUAGUGUUUACCCUUAAGAUAUCUUGCAUACUAGCAGCUUUGCUUUCCUAGUAGCUGCAAGAGGUCCACUGCCAAUGUCAGCUUAGUAUCCUCUGUAACUAAAACUUUGCAGAAAAGUCUUCUGGCACAUUUGAUUAUCCUUAUUCUUCCACACUUCUGGUUGUUCCAUGAGCAAGCUUUAGGGGGAUCAGGCACUGCAGAGGAUCUGAAUCCAAGCAUCUAACAGAGUGGUAGGAAGAGCUACACACUUACCUUCGCUGGGACACUGAUGUAAGCUUAUAAUAAUGUUUUCUGUUGGCAGAUUUUCAGCACAGCUUGUUCUACUGAACCGGGCCAGUCUCAGUGAUGGCAAGGCUCCCAAGUGCUGCACCGCAUACCCUGUGGAUCCUUUUCUUUUCAUAUACAACAAAUGAAGUUAUGGCUGCAGGACACGUACAGGAGUUUGCAUGUUUCAGUGACUAUGACAAAGAGCUGGUUUGUCACUGGAAGGUGCCUGCACAAAUUAAUUGCUCCAGAGAAUUCCUGCUCUCCUACAGGACCUAUUUUUCUCCAAAAAACGUGUGUGUACCUGAGAAUGGAAAAGACAGUUUAAGCUGCACAUGUACAAUAUGUCCAGAUUAUUUUGUAUCAGCCCUCACCUAUCUUGUAACUCUAACCUUCAAUGGGACUGAUACGUGGAAUUACAGUGUUACACCAGCCCUGGUUGUUAAGCCAAGGGCCCCCAAAAAUCUUACCGUUAAGAAAGCUGAAAAUGGUAAUUUCAACCUAAGCUGGGAGGAGGCAUAUUCUCCUCCAUCCAUGCUCUCUGGACAGCCAGUCAUCUAUGAAGUGAAAUACUGGAGCAAGCAGCACGCAACAGAGGUUUCUGUAAAAGCAAUUAACUACCAGGCAAAAAACUUUGAAAUUGCUGCAAGCUCCUUGAGGAGAGGCUAUGAUUAUGUUGCAAGUGUGAGGUGUAACUAUACAGACUACCCAGCAUACUGGAGUGAAUGGAGUGAAGAAGUUGAGUUUCACUAUGAUUACCAAGUAACAGCUGAAGACAUUCUGCAGAUGGCUGUCCCUGUAUCCUGCAUACUGAUCAUGGCAGUGUCUGUAAUGUGUUACUUCUGUUUUACCAAAGUGAAGAAAGAAUGGUGGGAUCAAAUCCCAAAUCCAGCAAAGAGCCAUUUGGUUGUAAAAAAUGUCAAGUUUUCAGUUUUGUGCUACAUUGAUGAAAUUAAGUUCCCUUUCCAUGACUUAAAGCAGAGUCACAUGGAAAACCAAAUAAGUUGCAAGAACUGUCUGGCUCAAAGUUUAUCAAACCAAAACUUCAAGGGAAAAGGUAACAUCGGAAAUGCUGAGAAAUCUUGCAGUUGCCACAGCAAGUCUGGAGAGUGGCUUCCAAAAGGGAGUAGUGCAGAUUUAACCCCCGAGACGAUUCUGGUUGAAGAGUCUGUAGAAAUCUGUGAAUGUCUGACAGAUGUUGAGGCUGAGAGCCAGGAAGAGACCAGUGACCAGCUGACCACGUUUGAGCCUUGUGAGAGCAGUGUCAGUGCUUUCAGGGAGCACACUGAACACAAUGAUGCACUAGCGAGGAUGUUCAUUGAUCUUCUGGCAGAUGAAAACAGCAUGCAAGGCAAUGAAGACCCAGACAUCAUCACAGAAGAGAAUAAAACCUUUGAGAAAUUUGAAUCAGAAAAUCCAUCACAGCGAAGUCCAAAAGAAAGUGCAGCCCAGAGCCAGCAGCCAUGUGAUAUUUCUCAUACAGUCUCCCUUUUCACCAAAGCUUUUCAAGAUAACUACAAUUGUAGCACAGACAGCAAGAAGUCAGAACAAUCAGAAGAAUCCUUUGAAUCUGGCUAUCGGAGCUCGAGCAUAAAUUCUGCUUCUCUGGAUGCAAGAGAUCUUCAACAUAUGGUUCAUCAAAGAAGUCUGUUUCCAUGCAGUUCUGAAAGCCAGCAUGACUUGUGUGUCCUGAUCCAGGAAUCUCCAAAUAAACCAUCCUUUGGGACCAAAAAAGACAGAAUAAGCAACCCUGCACUCAAGAGCUGUGACACCCUUGUCUCUCCACCCGUGGAGCCCUGUGGCUUGGGAUACAAGAGCUGUGACACCCUUGUCUCUCCACCCGUGGAGCCCUGUGACUCGGGAUACAAGAGCUUUGAUAUUCUUGUGUCUGCAAGCAAGGAACCAAGCAGCAUUGUGUAUAAGAGCUUUGACAGCCUCAUGUCUCAGUCUGUGGCUAACAGUAGCCUGACUCAGUGUUUCAAAAACAUGUGUUCCUCACCACCUUUGACACAGUUUUCAGAGACAGUAGAACUUAGCUGCAGAGAUCAAAUUUAUCAACCCCCAAGCAAUCAGACAUGUUAUGCCAACUACAGAUCUCCCUGCUCUGAGCCUGAUUUUCAGAACACCUGUUCAGAACAUACUGAUUUUCCAUCUUUCUCCACACACACAAAUGACAGUGCUUCAGCUUUCCUACCAGAGGAAGAAAUAUAUAAGCAAGUAAUGUAUCAAAAUGUUCAAAAGAAGGCCAAUAGAAGUUCUUGCCCCAUUGGACCUCAACCAUCUGGGUAUCAGCCUUUUGAUAAUGCAGUUAAAUGUCAUGGUAUGUACAGUGACAAUGACAGUGAGGUUAUCUCUAGGUCAUUCUAUGAACCCUUCAUUUGUCAUUUGUACAACAACCUGAGAGAAACACCUCCAGAUACCAUCGUCUGUGAGCCUGACCAGAGGACAGAUGACCGCAUAUGUGUGCUUGUACAGGGUUUUGACUGCAGCCUUGUCCCAGGUUCAGCCUCUAGUGACAAUGUCACAGAGACCAGUGAUGGCAGCCUUUGGAUCAUCGACUCUAAUGAGCUGUUUAGUGAUAGUAAAGAUGAAAAUACCAGUAGAGAUGAACAGCUGUUGCAUUUGGUAGAGCUGAACUGUCAAGAUUUUAACAGCAGAGAAAGAACUAUAAAGGGGACAAAACCUGACAGCUUUAACUGUACUGGUAAAGGAACGCAAGAGAGCAUCAGCAACAGACUAAAUACUGCCUUUCACUGCCACACGCACAACUACUUGGGGAAACUUGGAAAUGCAGGGGAAAAUAAAGAGGUGAUAAAGCAUGUGGUAGGCAGGAGGUGUGGCUCAGCAUCUGGCUUACCAGAAGAGUCACUGGACAGCACUGGGCUAAACACAGACAGAAAAUCUGCAGAGCCCCUGGAGCUCCUGGUCCCAGACAAGUUGUCACCUCCUCUUUUUGUGGAUAACUCCUGUCCUGAUUCUCACACCGUUUCCAGGGAGGGUUCUGGACUGGCACCUGCAGUUAAAAAAAGUCCAGUAGAACUAUUGAGAGAAAACAACAGGAAGAAUGAGAAAAAAAUUAAACUUGUACAGGUCCUUGCCCAGGAGGACAACUGCUACAUGAAGGUAGCCUAGCCACACUUGCCAAGGCUGAACCAAACCAGUCUUUGGGAAUAAACUGUAUGGCAAAUUGAAAUGUUGCUUCUCUUCAAAUCUUGGCUGAGGUGAGGGCUGCUGCAGGGGGGUUGUAACGUGGUGCAGGCCCUGGGACCGCAGGGGUUAGCACCGAACGCUUGCAGCUACAACUCGGAGGGGCUGAAGCCAGAGCUAGAGUUUCUCUGGCCAUGAUUGCUCUCUGAAGGUGAGCGGCAGCUGCAUGAAGUCAGGGUUCUUAGUACAGCUCUGGUGGUUGUUGCCCCGGCUCUGUACGUCUUCACACCUGGACAUGGGAUGUAGGUGCAGGUCGAGGGGAAGCGACUGACUUGCACUGGCAGCAUCACACAGCUUCCAUAAUUUAUUUACUGGGGAGGAGGGAGGUCCUGUGUGCCUAGUCCCAGUAUGGGGUACUUGUUUCUAUACUUGCUCAAUCUAGACCUGAAAUAAAGAUUAUUGUCAUUUGGGCUUAAGCAAUGCUGUUAUUGAUGGUUAGUUUCUUAUUCUGUGGAAGCAGUUAUUCCACACUUUUAUAGCUGUAAGUGAAAUCAGACAUUUCUAAGCAGUGUUUUCCCAGAAAGUUUAUCCAUUUUAUGGUCAGACUCCCUGAAUUGAUGGAGUGUUUUUUUAGCUUCUCAUUCUUGUCCAGUCAGAAUGGGAAUUAUGCCUGCAGCUUUAAGGUGGCAUAUUCUUAUUGUUGGAUAAUUGUUCCAAAAGUUUUACAACUCUGAAUUUUUCUAGGGCAUUAUCAUCUAUUUUGGUAUGGUACAUUCCACCCUAGUAUGCUGGCAAGUGGCACAAACUAGUGAAGACCUAUUAAGUAAUUUUAUGUGUAUUAAAAUAUGGGUGUAUUCUCAUCAUUUAGAAAACCCUGUUUGAAUUGCCAUUCAUAAGAAAGGAAACACUAAUGCCACAGAAAGUGGUUUAAUGUGUUUUGUAAGUAAGAUUUUUGCACCACAAAUCUCUCUUCAAAGUUCAGGUUGGCCAAGUAGUAGAAAUGUCUAUGCAUCAAUUUUGCAGCAGUAAAAAAGGGUGUGUAAGCCCUGGAAGGAGACUCGCAGGGAAGUGUCUGUGUUCAGAUGUGAUAGUUGAUGUUGUGUAGGCACUGGUUUGUGGCUCACUUUCACUAGGGUGGUGGUUAGUGAAAGAUCUUGCUGUUUGUAGUUAAGGUGCUGAUCGGCAUGUUUUUAUUAUUUUACUGAAAUUACCAGGUUGAAUUUUAUUUUCAUUCUGGCAAGAUUUAAUUCUAUCAGAAAUACUCUUUUGUUGUGUGAGGUCUGUCGCUGCUGUAGUUAACAUCAGCACAAAUUCUGUGGUGGGGGGUGCGUGAGGCAGAUGAAGAGGCUUUCCAGGACCUGUCAGCAAAACCCGCACUGAGGUGGUGGAACAGGAAGAGGCAGAGGCCAUGGUUUGCCUCAUGAGUAACACGACUUACUUCCCUAAGUGCAGGCAGAGUCAAGUUUAGGCAAAAUCCCACAGCUAGUUAUUGCAGCUCCCCAGAGCAGGUUCUGUGGCAGCACAGGGCUGUUAAGGGAGGUGCGGGGACACCAUCCGUGCUUUCUUACCCUUGUGCUCCUUGUGCCACCCUCCGGGAAGGCUUCACUUGCCUGGAGCAGCCAGGAGAGGUCUGCUCAGGCCAGGACUGGGAAGCCGUUUGCUGCAGCACUUCUCUGCAGAGCCCCAGCUUCAUUCUGCCUUUCCCUGGCUUUUUUUCUUCUACAGAGCUGUGCCCUCCUGUCUGCUCAUUUCUGCUGAAUGUCUUUCUGUGCAGGGGUGUUCUUCGCCUUCUCUCCCUCAGUGUUUCUCUGGUGGCGUCAAACUAACUCUUCGAGAAGGGGGAGCCCUACUCCUGCGCCUUUGCCUAACCCGAACUGGCGGCAAAGCCCGGGGCUGGCUGGGCGG